AUGUCGACUGCAAUUCAAAGGGAUAAAAUAGCGUCAUCGCUUCUUGGGAUAUAUAAGAGUAACCGAUCAUUAUUCUUGAAUGCUUCAUAUAUCAUUCUUAUAACAGCUGCCUUUUCAGGGGCAACCAGUACACAAUCGAGUAAGAAUGAUAAGAAGAAGUCUUCAUCUCUUGAUGUAUCGGUGACUGGGGAAGAUCUUUCUGACAAGAAAAAGAAGAAUUCACCCAAGGUAUCAAAAGAAGCAGCACGUCGACUUUUCAUUCUGGCUAUGCCAUCAGUGACAAAUCCUGCAGUAUUCCAUUUACUUAGUCAUUUGGUACUACUUGUUGUUAGAGCACUUCUUACCAUUAAGGUUGCCACUUUAGAUGGUAAAUUAGUUGGUGCGUUGGUCUCAAAGAAAUUGAAAAAAUUUAGUAAAUUAUUAGCCUUUUGGAUGAUUUUGGGUAUACCAGCUUCCAUUGUUAAUGCAUUAUUAACUUGGACUCAAAGUAAUUUGAGAAAAUCUUUAAGAAUAAAUAUGAAUAAUAGUAUUAUUUCAGAUUAUCUCCCAGAUAAUCUUGAUCCAAAUUAUUAUUCAUUAAUUCAAUUAUCUGAUAAUAAGAUUAAAGAUCCAGAUCAAAGAAUUUCUACUGAUGUUGCUCGCUUAGCAUCUGCCUUAGCUAGUCUUCCUGGCCAACUUCUUAAACCAACAUUGGACUUAAUGUUGUGUGCAAGAGAAUUAUCCAAGAGUGGGGUUGGAAGUGGUGAAGGAAGUCUUGCCUUGGGAUUAUUAGCACAUUUCUCAACAAUUAUUUUAAGAUUCUUUUCUCCACCAUUUGCUAAACUUGCAUCUGAAAAGGCAAAUUUGGAAGGUCAAUUAAGAUCUGCUCAUUCAAAAAUUGUUACCAACAGUGAAGAAAUUGCCUUCUUAAGAGGUCAUUAUCGUGAAUUAGAUUAUAUUGAUAUUUGUUAUUAUCAAUUGGAGAAAUUCUUGAAAAUGGAAUAUUGGAAAAAGGCUGUACAUGAAAUUGCUCAAACUUUUAUUGUUAAAUAUUUCUGGGGUGCAGCAGGAUUAGUUUUAUGUUCAGCUCCAGUUUUCAUUAACAAAUAUUUAGGCAAGGAACCAGAUUCAUCUGCUUCUGGAGAUUUCAUUACCAAUAGAAGAUUAUUACUCAGUGCUUCAGAUUCUUUGGAUAGACUUAUUUAUUCUAGAAGAUAUCUUUUACAAGUGGUUGGUCAUGCUACCAGAGUUUCAGAUUUCCAAGAUGUUUUACAUGAUAUUAAACAAAGGAAAUUGAAAUUGACUAAGAAUCAAAAGACUGAAGUUGAAAAGAAUGUUUCUUAUGGUGAUGAAAUCACUUUUAAUAAUGUUAGAUUGGUUACACCAGCCGAUGUUACAUUGAUUGAAUCAUUGAAUUUCAGUAUUAAACAUGGUCAACAUUUAUUAAUUGCAGGACCAAAUGGAUCAGGUAAAUCUUCACUUUUCAGAAUGUUGGGAGGUUUAUGGCCUUGUAAGAGUGGAGAAAUCAUUAUCCCAACUACUGAAAACAUGUUUUAUUUACCACAAAGAGCAUACAUUUGUAAAGGUAGUUUGAGAGAACAAGUGAUUUAUCCACAUACAUUGGAACAAUACCAGAAGAAUAAACAUGGUAAGACUGAUAAGGAAUUAAAUGAAAUUAUGAAGAUUUUAAAACUUGAAGAAUUUUUGGUUGGUGAUAAACCAUGGGAUACUAUUAGAAAUUGGAAUGAAGAAAUGUCUGUAGGAGCUCAACAAAGAUUGGCUAUGGCAAGAUUAUUUUACCAUCAACCUAAAUUUGCAGUUUUGGAUGAAUGUACUUCAGCUGUUUCCCCUACAAUGGAACAAUUUAUGUAUCAACACGCACAAGAACUUGGAAUUUCCUUGUUAUCAGUUGCCCAUCGUCCUGCUUUAUGGCAUUAUCAUAAUUAUUUAUUAAAGUUUGAUGGUAAAGGUGGAUACUUUUUCGGUCCAUUGGAUGCUGAAAAGAGAUUAAAAAUUGAAGAAGAAAGAUUAGUAUUGGAAAAAUCACUCAGAGAUGUUCCAACUUUAAGAGAAAGAUUACAAGAAUUGAAGAAGGUUUCUAAUGCUCAUCAUUUGAAAUAUACUAAUUCCAAGGCAAAUCUUACUGAAAUUACAGCUAGUUAA